AUGUCCUCACAGCUGUGCCAAGUCUCCCUGUGUGCUGCUCUGGGCUCAUCUUCCCUCCCUCCCACAGCCCUGGGUGCUGCCUAUGGCACAGCCAAGAGUGGCACCGGCAUUGCGGCCAUGUCUGUCAUGCGGCCAGAGCUGAUCAUGAAGUCCAUCAUCCCAGUGGUUAUGGCUGGCAUCAUCGCCAUCUACGGCCUAGUGGUGGCAGUCCUCAUUGCCAACUCCCUGAAUGAGGGCAUCACCCUCUACAGGAGUUUUCUCCAGCUGGGCGCUGGCCUGAGUGUGGGCCUGAGUGGCCUGGCAGCUGGCUUUGCCAUCGGCAUUGUGGGGGACGCCGGCGUGCGUGGCACUGCCCAGCAGCCCCGAUUAUUUGUGGGCAUGAUCCUGAUCCUCAUCUUCGCCGAGGUGCUCGGCCUCUACGGUCUCAUUGUCGCCCUCAUCCUCUCCACAAAGUAGCCCCUCUCCGAGCCCACCAGCCACAGAAUAUGAUGUAAAGACCACCCCCUUCUCAUUCCAGAAUGAACAGCCUGACAAACACGCACGGGGCAGCUGCCCCCUCAGUAGUUGGUCUUGUAAAUGCGCAGUGUCCUAGUGCCCAUCGUCUGUUGCCCCUGCCUUGCCCCCGCCUGCCCCGUGUCGUGGACAUCUGGGCCUGCUCGCCACCCGUCCAGGCCCCUGACCAGUGAGGACCGGCCUUUGGCCGCCCCCACCCAUCUGCCCUAGAGUGCUCUGUGCACACGGAUGAGUUAGUUGUCAUUUUUCUCUUCACUGAUGUUUAUUUAUAAAAGAUUGAUCUGUUCAUGCGUCCGUGGAACAGCCCUGUCUCCUGCCCAUAUAGUAAUCUUAGGUAGAGUGUCGCCUUGUGGGGCCCCGUUUGCCGAGAUUCCCUGGACGAGCCACCUCCCUGCGGCCCGCUGCGGCCUGGAGGGCGCCGUGCCGGGCCUGCCCGGGCGGCGCUCAGCUGUGUCCAAUAAAGUUCUCCGAUGUGACUGGA